UUCUGUGUACUACAGGUUCUUGUCCUCCACCAGAAUAUUUCCCGCUGAUUUAUUUUUCUUUGAACAGAAGAGAGUAUUUCAUUGGUCUGGUAUAUAGAAUAUGUACACUAAUAAAUACUGUAGUGAUCACUGGGAAGUUCAGUAUUCCAGUGCAGUGGAGGUAAACUGCUAAGUCUAUGCUCUUGGUACUUGGCAAAUUUAAAAUGACCGCUUAAAAACGCUCGUCGAUGACUUGAGAUUCUGAGUUUAAACGUAAGGAUUAUACCCAAGCAUCGUCCAGCAGAGGGCGACAAAGCUCCAUCCAGCUGGGAUACAGCGGUGAUAUUGGCGGCGUAGAGUUGCCAAAGGACGGCUGUGAACAAUGCCUUCGCGGGGACGCGCCUAAACGAGCGUGCCUUUCCCUGGAUCGAAACGGACCGGCUGCUCUUUACAGUAAAGGAUCACGCUUUAUCCAACCUCCAUUGUCCUCUUGAGAGAAAAUGAGCACUUGUCAUACCCCCAAAGGGACUCCGGUCCAACGUAGCCCCAGCGACGGCGAGGGGGGGCACAUCUCUGGUUCAGAGUCCCCACAGCACCCCGACGCCCCCUCCACACCCCUCGGCGAAGCCGAGCGCAAGCGGCUGGUGUCCAGCAUCCUGCAGAGCCCGUCUUUCAGGGAGGAUCUGGAUGUCUUGAUCCAGGAACAGGUCAAACGGGGCAGCAGCUCCUCCAGCCUUUGGGCUCUGAAGCAGAUCGCUGAAUUCAUGGCUUCCCAGGGAUCUCCGGCAACCUUACCGGUGUCUGCUUCCUCCAUGGCGCUGGUUACACCCAUCAAUGACCUGACAAGCUGGGAGCCCCCUUCCCUGGCCAAGGGGGAGAGGUUGAUGCGCUGUAAGCUGGCCAGUGUGUACCGUCUCCUGGACCUGUACGGGUGGGCACAACUCAGCCAUACCCAGCUCACACUCCGUGUCAGUAAGGAACAGGACCACUUCCUGGUGCUACCUGAUGGCCUGGCGUAUUCAGAGGCGACUGCAGCCAAUCUGGCCAAAGUGAACAUCCUUGGCGAGGUGGUGGAGAGAGGCUGCACCACACUGGGCGUUGACUCGCGCACGUUCAGCCUGCACUCCGCCAUCUACUCAGCGCGGCCGGACACACGCUGCCUGCUUCACCUCCACACACCCGCCACAGCCGCGGUGUCGGCCAUGAAGUGUGGUUUGCUGCCGUUAUCCCACGAGGCCCUGCUGGUGGGCGAAGUUGCCUACUAUGACUACAACGGUGCCAUGGAGGACAGGGAAGACCGGGUGGAGCUUCAGAAGAGCCUGGGGCCCACCUGCAAGGUUCUGGUGCUGAGGAACCACGGCAUCGUCGCCCUAGGGGAGUCUGUGGAAGAGGCUUUCUAUGCUGUGUAUCACAUCCAGGCUGCCUGUCAGAUUCAGGUGUCAGCAUUGUGCAGCGCUGGCGGGGAGCAGAAUCUGAUUAUGCUGGACCGGACAACGCACAAACCCAGUGCAGCUGGAACAGUGGGCUGGGCCGGAUCUACGUUCGGGCCACUCCACAAAAGCCGACUCGGCGAGCACGAGUUUGAGGCUGUCAUGAGGACCCUAGACAACCUGGGUUACCGCACAGGCUAUGCAUACCGCUUCCCAGUGCUGCUGGAGCGAGCCAAGACCCGCAGGGAGGUAGAGGUUCCGGCCACGGUGACGUCGUUCAGCUUCCAGGAGGAGGGGGAGCGAGCAGGACCCCGGCAGCAGGCCUAUGCCCAGAAGCAGCAGCAGGAGAGGAUGCGCUGGCUGAACACCCCGAACACCUACCAGCGAGUGAGCCAGGACCAGGCCAGCCCGGGACACCAGCGCACCACUUGGCUGAAGACGGAGGAGGCCACGCAAGGCAGUGGGACGGCCAUUAAGAUCGAGAAUCCAAAUCAGUUCGUCCCGAUGUUCACCAACCCGCAGGAGGUGCUGGAGACCAGGAACAAGAUCCGUGAGCAGAACCGCCAAGACAUGAAGACAGCUGGACCUCAGUCGCAGCUGCUGGCCGGCGUCAUAACCGAGAAGAGUCCACCGUUGACAGAAACGGAACUGACAGCUGGGCAGAAUGGCCUAGAGGGGGAGCCACCGAAGACACUGAGUUCCCUGGAGCCUGAGCCCCCAAACCCCUUUAACGAGCUCACCGAUAAAGAGCUGGAAGAGUACAAGCAGGAGGUUGAGCGGAAGCAACAAUCCGGCGCGGAGGACGAUGAGGUGAACCUGAAUAAAACCACGGAGUCAUCUAAGACCCCGCUGGAGAAUGGCAAGGAGGAGGACCAGAGGCAGGAGGAACUGGAGAAGAGCAUGAAGGCUCUGUCCACCAACGAGACAUCGCCCGCCCCACCCACAGCACCCCCAGCCGCGCCUCCCUCCAAGCCCACUGGCCCCACCCCAGAGGGCUCCCCCUCCAAAUCCCCUUCCAAGAAGAAAAAGAAAUUCAAGGCACCAUCCUUCCUUAAGAAGAGCAAGAAGCAGAAGGAUAAGUCAGAAGCCUGAGAAGUUACUGGGAUGUACUUACUGAGUACUCAGAGUACUCAGUUAUGCAUAUGCUGACAGCUGUCUAUGUAUUUACUCAAAGACACAGUUGGUCUUACACUUCCGCUCUCUACGCUCAUCUGUCACUCACAUUUUGAUCUGUUCUGCUGUUCGUUUUUGUGACAAAGCUGCAAUUUCACUACAAU